AUGCCUGUGUUUUACUCACCUGUUCCCGAGCACCUGCACAUGGGUCUGGCCUAUAUGGGAGGCUCUGUGUUCACCAACAACAGGACAGCAGACAGCGACUUCGCCAGGGAGCAGGAGGACGUUUCUGUGGUCAACGAGCUGGUUUCUCACCUUCCCCUGCAGAUGCUACUGUACUUCAACAUGUUUUAUUUUCCCUGUUGGUGGUUUUCUGCUGUCUUCAUGUUGGAAGUUAAGUUCUAUUAUCUUCCCGGGUACUACCAGGCUCUGCUCAUAACCGGGAUGAUCCUCCUCACAGUCAUUGAAGUGGUCCGACUUUAUUUGGGCUACAUUGGCAACCUUAAAGAAAAGAUGCCAGAGCUGGCAGCCUUCUGGCUCCUGUCUUUCAUGUUCCAGCUGCCAGUGCUGCUGUUCUUCCUGACCGAUGAAGGAAUUAUUAUCCUGCCUUUAGAGAAAGCCGUCCACUCACUCUACCUCCUCUUCCUGCUUGCCCAAAUUCUGGCCUCCUUUCUGGCGCUCAAGACCAUGACCCGGAAGCUCACCCUGCUCUUCCAUCUGCGGCAGUUUGGCAAGGUGGAGAACCUCCGCCAUGCAGGAAUGAGUCCUGUCUACGGGCUGCCUUACCACCGCAGCGUCCUGCCCAUGUCCCCCACCCAUGACAUGUACCAUUAAAGUAAAAAUCCA